AUGUCUGCAGAGUUUGAAGGCUUGUUCAGAGCAGGAACGUUCGCGUUAGCAGUAAAGGCCCCGAUAGGCUACAACGUGAUAGAUGCUAGAUGGGUCUAUAAAUGGAAAGCAGACGAAACAGGCAAGAUAGUGAAGGCCAAGGUUAGGCUUGGAGCGAAGGGCUUCAAGCAGAAGCAUGGUGUGGAUUAUCGUGAGACUUUCUCGCCUACUGCAAUUGCUGCAUCGAUUCGUUUGCUGGUAGCAUUGGCGUGCAAGUACAACUUGGAAUUUCUCCACUUUGACAUUGAGCAAGCGUUUGUUCAGUCGGAAUUGGAUCAGGAGGAAAGGUCGUCCGUUUCGACAAGAGUUUAUUUAUAUGGACCGAGGCAGGCAUCUAGAACAUUUCACAAGAGACUAGUGUCGGACCUGAAGACAACUGGUUUUGAGCAGUCUCUGUCUGACCCGUGUGUUCUCCUUUUCAUAAUGGGGGACGAGGUGAUGGGUAUGGUCGCGACUAAUGUGGAUGACAUUCUGUAUGCAGGAAUUGAGAGGCUCGCCGAGAUGGUUGUGGAAGCGCUAGGUGACUCUCUUUCCACGAAGAAUUUGGGCGAGGAAAGGUCGUCCGUUUCGACAAGAGUUUAUUUAUAUGGACCGAGGCAGGCAUCUAGAACAUUUCACAAGAGACUAGUGUCGGACCUGAAGACAACUGGUUUUGAGCAGUCUCUGUCUGACCCGUGUGUUCUCCUUUUCAUAAUGGGGGACGAGGUGAUGGGUAUGGUCGCGACUAAUGUGGAUGACAUUCUGUAUGCAGGAAUUGAGAGGCUCGCCGAGAUGGUUGUGGAAGCGCUAGGGGAUGUGCCGUUCCGAGAGGUGGUGGGGAGCCUGAUUUGGAUCGCCAACAAGACGAGGCCCGACAUCUCAAAUGCUGUGCGGGCAGUGGCGAGGCACUCUCAUGAGCCAAAGAAAAUCCACUGGAAGGCGGCCCAGAAGAUUCUGAAUUAUCUUCUGGAGACGGCACAUCAAACAUUGAAGUACAAGCAGGAUGAUACGCAAUGUGUUUCAUUGUCGACAUCUGAAGCAGAGUAUAUUAUGAUGGGCGAUGGUGUGAUGGAAGCUCUGUUUGUGAACGGAAUGCUAGAGUUUUUAAGGCCUUGUGAGAAACUUGGUAAGAUUCAGGUACUUGAGGACAACGAGGGUGCGAUUGCGCUUGCUGAGAAGCUCGUGUAACAGUAAGCACAAGGACGUGAGGUACCGUUUUCUUAGGAAUUUGACAGAGGAGGGAGUGUUGGCAGUCAGUCACGUUUCUAGGGAAGAACAGCAUGCAGACAUCCUGACCAAGGCUUUGCCGAGAAACUUUUUUGAGGUUUAUCGUGAUUUUGUUCUGGGCUCGAGACCUAACAAGUGAGACAGUUAGAGGUCUGAGUUGCGUUUUGGUUUUUGAUUUUUUUUUAAUUUAUAUUUGGUUUGGUCAUGGCAACAGCCCCAAGGGAGGGUGUUCGUGAUAGUUGCUGAUGUGUGUGUCGACAGAGUCACGUAGAACAACUUGAUUGGGCAGUUUGAAUUGGGGGACUGUCGGUGUUGCAGAUCGCUGAGUAGCCACAUAUUAUCAGAACAGCGAGGAACGUUCUGUAGGAAUGUUCCACGUGGAUGGUGCAUUGCCGCGAGUGUUUUCAUUGUGGAUAGUGCAUAAGCCAGAGGAUUUAUGGUACGUUGCGAAGUACGUUAGCCACUGCUGAGUCUUCGUGUUCCGAUAUUAUUGUGUUCCGGUAUUGUGUUCUGCUUUUUUGCGUUGGCCGAGCGACAUGGGUGGUGUUGCGGUGCUGCGGUGCUGCGGUGCUGCGGUGCUGGCCCCACCCUCGCUCACUCCACGUUUUGACCUGUUCUCCUGGUCCAAGAUCUCAUCAAUACAACAUCUUUUCCCCAGAAGCCAUGAGUUUACCAACACUGUGUACCCCCUUUUUUUCAGCCGACACGCUGAACACUGUUUUACCCCUGUGCGUGAGUUUUCAUCGGCCACGGGUAGCGCCUGUGCUGCAUCCCCUCAUUUGGUACGCCUGGUCCCGGGUACCCCUUCGCGUCAGCCGACACGCUAGAUACUGUUUUACCUCUGCGCGUGAGUUUUCAUCGGCUGCCGGAAGCGCCUGUGCUGCAUCCCCUCAUCUGAUACACCUAGUCCUGUGUACCCCUUUUGUUUAAGCGACAUGCUAGAUAUUGGUUUAUCUCUGUGCAUGAAUUUCCAUCAGUUGUGGGGAGCGCCAAUGCUGCAUCCCCUCCUUUGAUACGCCUGGUCCCGCGUACCUCUUUCUAUUCUGCCCCAGACAAAGUUUUCAUCGCCCGCGGACAUCAUGAAAUGAAAGCGCCUGUACCACGAAUCCCCAUGAUAGAGUGACUGGUUUUCGGAGCCGAAUUACCAUCGUCGUACGAAACACCCGCGAUAACACGCCUGGACUUUACCAUCGAAAAAGACGAACUACAAUUGCUCAACAUAAUACCCACACUCAAGAUUGGAAACGCCUGAACCGCGAAUCCCCUUUCGAAAAUCACGAUUGGUCGUAUCAUCGUAAGCGAAGCUACCAUCACUCUACGAACACCAAAUAAGAAAAUGGAAACGCCUUAACCGCGAAUCCCCUUUCGAAAAUCACGAUUGGUCGUAUCAUCGUAAGCGAAGCUACCAUCACUCUACGAACACCAAAUAAGAAAAUGGAAACGCCUUAACCGCGAAUCCCCUGUAGAAACUUUCGGCAUCAUUCGUCACAAGCAAAAUCAUUUAAUACUACUCACGAAUCUCAAUCAGAAAGAAGCGCCCCGCGGCAACACCGCGUUGUUGUUGGCCCUCGUUUGAAGGCACAGCAGAUUUCGCGGUCUCGCCCUUGCUCCUCUGCGGCAAUUUCACGUUCACUGCAAUCCUCCAGUUCUCCCGGAGCGAGUACUUUUCCCGCGAUCAACAGGUGCCUGGCGGCGAAACUCUGACAAUCCCACCGCAAGAUGCGGUGCGUCUUCCAGCAUCGCCUGGUCCCCCUCGGCUUCCGCAAGCUGGCAUUGCCUGCAGCAGCGAUGACAUCUUGUCCAUCACCCCCUGCAUCCAAACUCCCUGCGCAUUGCUUCCCAGCGGGGGGCCAGCGGAUGGGUGGCUCGGGGCAUCUACUCCCCAGACUCCACCGGGUGGCACUCCAAACCGUGUGCCCGUCAAAGACUAUGGCAUAUAAUAACCAUAGGCCGAUCACUAGGGGGGGGGGAUGGCAGGGGACGCCGUUGAUGCGCGGCCGCUUUUUUUUUUUUUCCGGGCUGCACCCAAAUUCCGCCGCCUGUCGCCUGGCACUGAGUACCCCCAGUUCAGAUCGGAUUGAGCGGAGACCUCCGUACCUGCCGAGGGUGCCGCUGGGCUUGAGCGAUGAAGCUACUCCUUGCCCUGCUUUGGGUAGCAGCUUGGGCUGUGAAAGGUGGGUUAGCAAAAGAUUUCGACUGUGCAGACAGCGUGACCCUGCGUUUUGAACGCCUCCAGCAACCGACCCGCGUCUACUGGAGCGCGCCUAGCUUCGCUUUGGGGGUGUACCGUACGCAACGGCUCAUAGCCGACCAUGCUAUGUGCAUGUGAGAGUCGAAAGUUUUUUACGGUUUGGCAAACGAUGGAGUAUUGACCGAAUGGCGGCAACUUGAAUCAACACAAUCCGUGAAUCCGUGUACCCUGGUGAGACCGCUGGACAAAGGCCGCACAUUUUUUAAACCCGCGGAGCCGACAUCUCACACCCCCUUUACCUGACGACGUGGCACGGCUGUUGUGGCACGGCUGUUGUACUCUAUUUCGUGAGCAGAUCCCCUAGAAACCUUGUGCACUUAACCUGUCGAAGUAUCAAUGAAGUUGCUGAAGGAUGGUUUUGUAUUUCCCCAUCAUGACCCCAGCAACCGGGGGCAACGUAUAGUCC